AUGAGCGCUGCAAGAUCCUUGUCCUCUGCAGUGCGGAUACCGACCAGCAGAUUGAGCUCCAACCCGAUCCUGCGCCCACCGCGUCUCCCUUCUAGAGCUCUUCAAGGACGGUUCUACUCCCAGCAGAAAUCAGGCGACUCGCCUCCAGCCUCUUCGCAAGACGCAGGCGCAGGACCCUCGAGCUCGCCGACUUUCUCUGCUGCUCCUCGUUCACCAUCUUCCUCCUCCUCUUCGUCUGCUUCAUCUUCAGCUCGGCAGCAUAACCUCAAGAAUGCCUUCGCCCCGCACUGGCAACGCCUCUCCAGCUCUAUAGCAUCUCAUCGCACCACCCUCGCGCCCAAGCUCCGCUCCGAGCUGACCCGCCUAGGGGACAAGUGGAACAUCUACAGCGGCUACGACCAAAUCGAGUCGGCCAAGAAGCGGGUGAUUGACUCAGAACAGCGUCUUGAAGCCCUGCGUACCGCCCAGAAUGAAGCCAAGAGCCGCUACGUGCAGGCAGUUACCCGGAGGAGCACAUCCCAAAAGACGAUCAAUGACCUCCUCUCACGCAAGGCGUCGUGGUCUGAUGAGGAUUUGAUCAAGUAUACGUCGUUGUUGAGAGCGGAGCAUGGAGAGGCAAGGGAAGAGGAAGUAGCAAGGGAGGAGUUUGAUGCGGCGGAGAGGGAGGUGGGCAAGGCUUGGGAUGAGGUAGUCAAGAGGACCCUGGAGCGGUAUCACGAUGAACAGAUCUGGAGCGACCGAGUGCGAAACGUCAGCAGCUACACACAGCUAGCAGUGGUCGGUCUCAACGUGUUCAUCUUUGCCCUAGCCAUCCUCCUCGUGGAACCCUACAAGCGCCGCAAGCUAGCCGAGACCUUUGAGUCGCGUCUCAUCAAGGGAGAAGAGCAAGGCAGACUUGCUCUGGAAGGAGUCAUCCAUCGGUUCGACAAGAGCGUGCAAGGCUUGUCCGAAGAGCUGCAGGAGAUCAAGACGGGUCAGUCUGGGUUGCUCGCAGUGGCUGGUGUGGCCGAGAAGCAGAGGGGCGGCGGAGAGGUAGAAAGAAGCACUACGGACGCACUUGGGCCAGUCGAGGCCGAGGUCGAGGCCGAAAAGGACGUCCUGUCGAUGGUCAAGAGGCGCACGCGCUUCCUCCACUCGCCUCGGACAGAGGCAGAAAAGGAGCGCAGGCUCGAGGUGGCCGUCGCUACCAGUAUAGGAGCGGUAGUGGGUACGAUCCUUUGGGGGAUCCUCUCCCGAUCGUGA